AUGGGAGUGAUUAAGAGGUGGACGUCUCUGAAGAAGAAGCCGCAGAAAGAGGAGAUUGAAGUGACGGCGAAAGAAGCACAUACAUGGCGUCGAGUAAGGAGUAUGUUUUCAACGCCGUCUUCGUCGUUUAAGUGGAAAAGAGGUGAUAUACUGCAUACGGAGAUAGUGGACGGAGUGGUUUACAACGUGAUGUAUGUAGUCGAAGGUGUCGUUCUCGUUUCGACUCUCUGUUUCUUCUACCUCUGUUGUGGAUGCCACAUCUGAUCUCUUAUUUUAUUAUUUUCAUAUUCUCUCAAUUGCAUUAUUCUUUUGUAUUCAUACUUCUUCUUCAUCCUCCAUGUUUAGCUUAGUCUCAAUUCUACACAGUAAGCCUAUAAUGUUAUCUGAUGUUACUAUGUAGUUUCUAUAGAAUAAACUUUAAAUUCAUUUAA